CUCUUUGUUAACACUAAACGCCAAUUUUAUCGCCAUCUUUUAUAGAUUUCGGUGUUCUCUCUCUCUCUCUCUCUCUCUCUGACUUCGGAGGAGAAAGAAAGAAAAAGAAAAAAAAAGAAGAAAAAAAAUUCUUGUUUCAAACUUCAAUGGCGUUCUCGAGUUCUAUCGUCUUCUCUGUAACUCAUUCUUCUUCGUCGUUAGCUUCGCGUCCUUCUCCUGCGAUCAGCAGCAAGCAGAUUCCGUUUCCCGCUCAAAUUGCUUCCCCAGAUCUAUCGCCUGCGUUGUUCGAUGAUCGUCGCAAGUUCGUCGGAGGUGUAAUGUCUCUCUUGACGAAGAGUAUAAGAAACCGUGUAUAUGCUUCGAUUAACAGCAUUGAUGCCACUACUCCAUCUUAUCCGGUCAGUAACUUUGUUUCAGUCUUUUUUUUUUUUUGUUUCAUCGCUAUUAAACUAUUGAUGUUUCUUGGAUCUAUACAUCUGGCUACCAAGGACUUACAUGUAUACACACGCAGAAGCUCAGCAACUAAAUGUGGAGAGUAUACGGAUAUGUGUUGAUGAUAUGUAUACUAUU